CUGGUGUCUGUGACGUGUGCAGCUUCUCCUGAUGCUCGUACUCGCCGAGUGUGCUGUGCGGGCGCAGCAGCAGCCCGCUGUCGCCCUCGUCGAGUACGAGUCCCAGCCCAACAGGGCAACGGGGAGUACUCCUUCUCGUACGAGCUGAGCGACGGCUCCGCGCGCUCCGAGCAGGCCGUGCUGCAGGCCGCCGGUACCCCCGACGAGUUCCUCUUGGUGACGGGGUCCUUCCGGUGGACUUCCCCCGACGGCCAGGUCACCCAGGUGGACUACACGGCCGACGUCAACGGCUACCACCCCACCGUCGUACAGUACAAGCCCCCACUUGCUCCGUCUCGAACGCCACCUCCACCACGACUACCACCACCGGCGCCUCGUCCCGUCCCACGCCGCGGCCCUCUCUUGGGUCCUCUGCCGGCCGGCCAGGGCGAGAGCCUCAAUUCCUACAACCCCGUGCAGACUCUUCUGCCGACCCUCAUCGGCUAGAGGCUACCUCAGGGGCCACCUUAGAGGUAGACGAGGCGAGGGUCGCCCAUCGGCCCAGCCGCCUGUCUGCGCAAGAAGAACAGCAGA